AUUUUUCCAACUUUUUUUUUGCAGCAGCAAAAGCUCUUUGCGUCGGCCGCACCAGCUGUGACUGCAUACACUCGACAACGCCUCACCUUAACCACGGGCCAUUAAAUUCCUGCCCCCGUCGCAGUCACGCAGAGGUCGAUUCGAUCGUUGCGGCUCAAAUUUGAUUACUUUUCAUCAGUUACAUAGGUAUCACCUUGCAUCAUGGGUUUUGCCCCGAGAGGACGUGGUGGUGGUGGUGACCGCGGAGGCCGUGGAGGCGGCUUCCGUGGAGGCGGUGAUCGCGGCCGCGGUGGUGGCCGGGGCGGCGGUGGCUUCCGAGGUGGCCGUGGCGGUGGAGGUGACCGUGGACGUGGUGGACGCGGUGGCCGAGGUGCGCCGCGGGGAGGUGGUCGCGGCGGCCGUGGCGGCGCAGCUGGCGGCCCCAAGGGUGGAAAGAAGAUGAUUGUGGAGCCCCACCGUCACAAGGGUGUCUUCGUCGUGCGCGGCGGCAAGGAAGAUCUGCUGGCAACCGCCAACCUUACCCCCGGCGAGUCCGUCUACAACGAGAAGCGUGUUGCGAUUGAGAAUGCCAAGAGCGAGGAUGGCACCGCCACCAAGACCGAAUACCGUGUCUGGAACCCUUUCCGAUCGAAGCUGGCUGCCGGUAUCCUGGGUGGUCUCGAGUCCAUCUACAUCAAGCCCGGCUCCAAGGCCCUGUACCUCGGUGCCGCCUCUGGAACCUCCGUCUCUCACGUCGCCGACAUUGUUGGACCUACCGGAACUGUCUACGCCGUUGAGUUCUCUCACCGCUCUGGCCGUGACCUGAUCAACAUGGCCACCCGCCGCACAAACGUCGUCCCCAUCGUCGAGGAUGCCCGUCAACCCCUGAAGUACCGGAUGCUUGUUGACAUGGUCGACUUCAUCUUUGCCGACGUUGCGCAACCCGACCAAGCUCGUAUCGUUGCCCUGAAUGCUAAGCUCUUCCUGAAGCAAGGUGGUGGCAUGCUCAUCUCCAUCAAGGCAAACUGCAUUGACUCAACCGCACCACCGGAGCAAGUCUUCGCCCAGGAAGUCGAGAAGCUGAGGUCCGAGAAGUUCUUCCCCAAGGAGCAGCUUACUCUGGAGCCUUACGAGAGAGAUCACGCUAUGGUGUCGGCAGUUUACAGGCAGAAGGAGUUUGUGCCGUGAGCUAAUGAUCAUCGAGCUUAAAAAUGCUCUCUUCUAUUGCAAUUUGAUGGUUAAGGGUGUUCUGUCGGUUGGAUGGCUUUUCUCUCUUCGAUUCGGCACGGGCGAAAGACGGCGUUCAUGGGCAUCAUCUAUCAGGCUUUUUACGUGUAAUGCAACACGUGUGUUCUACUACGUUCUCCGAAGGUACGGUAGGCCGAAAACUUCGAGAUAUCCCGUGGGCUCGAGCGGCUCAUCGCCCAAGUGUUGUUACGUGUCCCAGCAGCUCGGCUCUUAGGCCGUGCGGCCUUGUCAUGCCUUAGGGAGGGCGCCGAGACUCAUGCCUCGAAGUACAAGUUAUUCGUACGAGAGGACCCGAAAGGGCGAACAUCGCCCAUCAGCACCAGAGAAAAGCCACCUGAAUAAGCCCUAGAGCGCCGCGCGAAGUGAGAGGCAGCCCUGGGGGGAGAACUUGUGUUCCAAGUAUCUGGGCACCUGCUGUGUGAGAUCAUGAGCAUUAUUUGAUAGUUACGACAUUCGGAGACCAUGACACCGGGUACUACAGCAGGCCGCAUAACAUAUCACCUCAUCAAGUCAUGCUCAUUCAACGAGGACUCAUUAAGUGGAGCCGUGCACGUCGGCCUAAUGUGCUGAAAAGAUUGUCAGUAGUUACAUUCCUGAUAGCUCCAUCCAGUUACACGAUUCAGUCAUCGCUGCCAGGUCAUAUUGAGGCUAUGAGAAGCGUUCGAAAUGCGUGCUCAGCGGCGGAAAGAGGAUGGCCCCGGGCGCACCGGCUACCUGUGAACAAGAUCUCCAUAUCCCAAAUCAAUACCCCGUGCCAUGCAUUCCCUGGAUCCGCCACUCUCAAGUCUCAUAUGUCUCUCCUAUGCAUAGAAAUGCAUCCUUCCUUCGCGGGGUCUGCAUUGUCGCCGUCUGCUCACUCAGCAAAUGCUGUUGGUUCCUGCCCAGCCCGAUAAUGGGAAUGUUGUCAAGGCCUUACUCUAGUCAAGCGCCUCUCGUCGGCUGCGAUUUUAGAAUACCACAACUCAGUUAGGAUACAUGGCGACAGGCCGUCCGAAACCCCCAUUCCACGGAGGCUGAAUGGGCUGUGGCGCCGGCAGUGGUACCUGGGAUGGCGCCCCAUGCCUUGGCUCUUGUACGCCCAUGUUCUCGGGAAUCGCGGCCAGGGUGUGGAGGGACUGAAGGUUUGUGCCAGACAGUGCCGGAAGUCGUGCGUUCAUGCGCUGGGGGAAGUCCGGCCCUGGACCGAGGAGAGAAAACGGGCUGGAACCGGCCGAGCUCUGGCUGGCUGUGCCCUCAAACUGUCCCGCAUAUGCGCCGAAGGGAAGCAGGUUGCUUGUACACCCUGGCAGGAUGGACGUGGCUGUUCUCGCUUCACCCUCUGUCCAAGGGUGAUGCUGUCGACUGCAGCGCCGGUAUCCCUCGGGUAUGAUUCUCUCCGGCGCAGGCUCGCACUCCAUGUGGUCAGGUGAGGCGCCGACGGCGUAGGCCCAGUCGCCGAUGGCGUCCUCCCCGGUCUUGAGGAUCUCGAGCAGGUAGCUGUGGAGCUGGCGGUUCAGGCGGGAGCACUUGUCGCACCACGGCUCUGCCUGUGCUGUCGAUGCCAUGGAGAUGAUGCUCAGCCGCUUGUUGUUAACGUUGUUGUUGUUGUUGUUGCCCUUGGCCCUCGUCCUCCUGCUGACUGGAGUGUUUGCUCCGCCUCUUGGUCUGCCGCCACGGGUGCCUCCUGUUGGCGGCGGAGGUGAGUUUUUGCCGACCCUGUUUCGUCUGUCGGGCUCGUGCUUUGGUCUGAAGUUGGAGUCCUUCAUUUCAAUGUCGCCCCCAUGAUUAGUUACAUUUUGUGACUUGAAGCGGCCGCCUCGGCCCCUGCCUCUGGACAUGAUGAUUUCAGCAAGGUUUUUGAGUCUUCAGGGAAUAGGGUUUCUUGAAAGGAUAGCAGACGUCGAGAACGGGGGUCUGUUGGGGCGCGAGUGGUCCGUCGGUCGUUAUCGAACUCUCCAGAAUUGUAACUACUCAAGACCUCGAGAUUGUGACACAGGCAGAACACAAGAUAUCCGAGUCCACCAGCAACAAAGAGUAAAACGACAGAACAAAUGAAGAGCGAAACAAGUAGCCUGGUCUUUCAAGAUAAAGAAUUGUUGUGAGACAUGGGAGUAAGUGUCAGAUUGCAAACCUGGAUAUCGAGGUAGAACAUGGAGGCAUUGUGUGGACAUACCAGGCCGAACUACUCGAGGCUCAAACAGAUGCAACGAAUCCUUCUACGACAUGGCUAAGAAAGCGUAAUCGCAUAGAUUAUGUGGAAUGCCAUGGAAGCUCGUGUUUUCUCAAAUGACUCCUCAAAGACAGCGGAUCUUCCAAAGCUCUUUAAUACGCUCGUUUCAUGUUAUUUCCUCCAUACAGGGAUGUUCACCAAUAGUACAGUUGAGAAAGCAGCGUGUCUUUGAUAGAAGUCAUUGCACAGUUAUGCAGAGUGAGACCUGCACAGGUGCUCCAAUAGACUUUUGCGGGGGUUCAAUUGAAAACGUCAAG